GUCCGGGGGCUGGAAUACCCUAUACUCUUCCGGCACUAGCGACGGACACUUCCGGUUUCUGUUGCCAAGGCGCCGGCCGCCCCGGGCCGCGAAGGCAGCGUUGGUGCCGUCCUCUGCCCCCGUUCCGCGGGGGCGAGAUGUCGGGGCUCAGCCACUUAGAGACGGAGGGCUGCCGUAACCUGCUCGGCCUGCUGGACAAUGACGAGAUCAUGGCCCUCUGCGACACCGUCACCAACCGCCUGGUGCAGCCUUUGGACCGCCGAGAUGCUAUUCAUGCAAUAUUAGUGUAUAGCCAAAAUGUAGAAGAACUUCUGAGGCGCAGAAAAGUCCACCGAGAAGUGAUAUUCAAGUAUUUGGCAGCACAAGGGGUGAUUGUACCUCCAACUACUGAAAAACACAAUCUUAUUCAGUGUGCAAAAAGGUACUGGGAAAAUCAGCCACUGAAACUGAAGGACGCAUUGGAGCCAGUUACAAAGACAGAGGACAUCCAGCUCUUCCAACAGGAAAAAGAAGACAAAAAAGCUGAAAAGGUCGAUUUUCGCCGCUUAGGAGAAGAAUUCUGUCACUGGUUCUUUGAACUUCUUAAUUCUCAGAAUCCUUUUCGGGGACCACCUCAAGAUCAAUGGGGCCCACAGCACUUCUGGAGCGAUGUUAAGCUUAGGUUUUAUUACAGCACCUCAGAACAAAAUGUUAUAGACUACUAUGGAGCAGAAAUUGUGAGCCUUCGCUUACUUUCAUUAGUGAAAGAGGAAUUUCUUUUUCUCAGUCCCAACCUCGAUUCUGAAGGACUAAAAUGUGCUUCUUCUCCUCAUGGAUUAGUUAUGGUUGGAGUUGCAGGGACUGUCCACCGAGGAAAUACUUGUUUAGGCAUAUUUGAACAAACUUUUGGACUUAUCCGUAGUCCUCUUUUGGAAAAUACUUGGAAAAUCAAAUUUAUCAACCUGAGAAUUGUUGGAGGAAGUUCUCUUGCUCCUGGAUCUUCACUGAAACCAGCUGUUACAUUUGAACAGAGUGAUCUGGAGGCCUUUUAUAAUGUAAUCACUUUGUGUAAUAACCCUGAAGUCAGACCUAAUGGAAAACAGGCAUUGGACAGUGGGACUGGAGACCAGGCUUUAUGUAGUGGAGAUGAGGCAUUGUUGAAAAAAAAAGGAAGUGAAUUUGCCUAACCCUCUAUAAAGCACUGAGCACUGUCCAUCAGCCUAAAAACAACACUGAUCAUCUCUAAGUGAUUGCAGAUGUGAGGAUUGACAUAUUUUAGCUGAAAUACCUUUUUGGACUACAGACUAAUGUGAAUGCUUGCCUGUUACAACAAAUGUUCUGAAAACUUCUUGUGGUCCACCAAAUAAAUCCCACUUUAGUUGUAGGUAUUGUGUGCCUUAGAAACCUUAGAUAAUAUUUUCAUUCUAUUUAGUGAAUAGCCUACUAACCACUGCACUUUCAAGUGGCAGAGAUUAAUGCUAUUGUUGCUUUUUGGAUAUCUUAUAAAUGCAUCUUGCUAAAGUGUUGUCAUUAUAAAUCAAAACAAAACAAACCAGGAUUUUAUGAUGUUUAGUAUAAAUUCAGAAGCCUUAAUUACAUUGAGUACAAAUCACUUUCCAAAAGUCCAGUAAUUUAGCCUGGUCGAUUUUCGCCGCUUAGGAGAAGCGGCGAAAAACUUACUGCCUUUUUGAAACUUCUUUUUCAAGUUUUUUUUUUUUUUUCUUUUUUUCUAGUCUAAGCAAAUAUCUCAAAAUCUACUUUUCUAAACUAUUUUGGGCAAUAAAUGGUGUUCUCAACAUAGACCUUCUUACUGCUUAGGCUCCAGCCAACAGUUUACAGAACAUUUACUAUAAUACCCUAAAGGUGAAAGAUAUGCUUUGAAAUUUUAAAGGUAUGCACCGUUCCUAAAAAAUUACUGCUCUUUCUGUUGAUUGAUCUUGACAGAGCUUGAAUCUCCUCAAAAUAAAAACAAAACUCAUUUAGAACUUGGCGUGCAAAUUUGCAUACAUAUAGUCUAACAUAAAGUCUUUCAUCUCUAUGCUACUAGAUUUAAGAACCACAAUUGACUUGACAGGUUGUACAGUUGCCUUAACAUUUAAAUUUCUUAUCAUCUGAUAACUAUUUGCUCAUCUGAUAGGAAUUUCAAUUUUUAAAUUACCAUUUGGAAAAAAUUCUGGAAAAUGUGAUGGUGUAUUUAUUAUUCAUGUUAAGUUAUUGCACUUAACUCUGAUAAUCUAGGGAGACUGAUUAUGCUUAUUGGAAGUGAGAGGUAAACAUUCACCACCUCCCUAACCCCCCUUUUAUUUUUGUGACAUGCCUCUAUGAAGAGGACAAAUCAGUAUGUUCUAACAUAAUAAGGAAGGGAAUUUCUUCUUGAGUGUGUAAGAAUAGUAGACAGUUUAGAUUCAGCCCACAGUUCCUAAGGAGAGCAAUUGGCAAUUUAACCAGAACGAAGCACAUUCUCCUGAUAUAUUGUAGGUAGGAAGGAACAACUAUCAUGUUUAUAAGGCAGUCAGAUCACAUCCUUUCCCACACUCUACUCAUGUAUUGAAAAACUCAAUUGGAUUUUAUACAUGCUUCCCUUUGUGUGUCAGUGUGUGUGUGUGUGUGUGUGUGUGUGUGUUGCUGUUGUUGUUUGAGACAGGUUUUCUUUGUGCAGCCCUGGCUAUCUUGGAAAUGACUGUAUGCCAGGCUGGCCUGGAACUAUUGGAGAUCCGUCUGCCUCUGCCUUAUGAGUGCUGAUAUUAAAGACGUGCAACACCACACCCAGCUAUACUUUUCUUUGGUUUUAAGUAUCAAUAUAAAUAUCCUGAGAAAUGAAUAAGAUUAAAAACUAUCCUUGUGUUAA